GUACACCGAUGCGAAGUGAAUUCAGCAGAUGGCAGUAUCUGUCAGACCCGCGUGAGCGCCUCAACAAUGACACUUGCAACAUUGUAACAUUAAAACAUUCGAACGCGGUGCGCGCAGAUACAAUGUAUCGAACGCGGCAGAUGCUGCCGAGCCCAAGCAGAAACGCCGACGAGGAUUAAACCUGCGAUGGCUCUCCAUUUCUCUCACACGUCUCUCGGGGAGCUCCAAUCUCUCGCUACUCGAACCGACAGCUAAUACUGCCAGGCACAGGCGGCUGCGUGCGUUACACGGGGCUCAUGGCGGAGUUUGUCGCCGAGAACUGCGGGGGCUCAUCGCCGAGCGCUGGCGGGAAAUCCACCCAGCCCGGUGAAGAUGCGGACGGCAGAGCUGCGAGCGAGGUGUCGGUCUCAAACGGUGACUGUGGACUGUGUGCGCCCGAGAACCAGGGACUCGAGACGGCCAACGCGUCUGAGGUGCUGGACGGCAAAACUGGAAUCCCACGGAAGGCCAGUAUUAUUAAGGAUGGUUCCAGGCGUUGCAAGGAAAGGAAAAAGACAGUGUCGUUCAGUAGCAUGCCAACAGAGAAGAAGAUCAGCAGUGCAAGUGACUGUAUUAAUUCUAUGGUGGACGGGUCUGAACUGAGGAAAGUACGCUCCAAUUCCAGAGUCUACCACCGAUAUUUCCUCCUAGAUGCAGACAUGCAGUCUUUGAGAUGGGAACCAUCCAAAAAGGAGUCGGACAAGGCCAAGAUUGAUGUAAAAUCGAUUAAAGAGGUGCGAACCGGUAAAAACACGGACACCUUUAGGACCAAUGGAAUUUCAGAUCAGAUUUCCGAGGAUUGUGCAUUCUCUAUAAUCUAUGGGGAGAAUUAUGAAUCGCUUGAUUUAGUGGCAAAUUCAGCCGAUGUAGCAAAUAUAUGGGUGACUGGACUCAGGUACUUAAUAUCUUACGGAAAACAUACACUUAACAUGAUUCAGAGCAGUCAGGACAACAUGCGUGCGUCCUGGGUGGGCGACCUCUUCAAUGAAGCGGAUGUCAUUGGCGGAAAAUGCAUUAGUCUUUGUUCAGCUGUACAGCUGAUCAAGAAGUUAAAUCCUGGACUGAAAAAUGUCAAGAUAGAGCUUAAGUUCAAAGAGUUGCACAAAGCGAAAGAUAAAAUCAGUUCUGAUGUGAUCAAGGAGGAGUUCAUUGAAGUCUUUCACGACCUUUGCACAAGACCAGAAAUCUAUUUUUUAUUGGUCCAGUUCUCAAGCAACAAGGAAUUUCUUGACACCAAGGACCUGAUGAUCUUUUUGGAGGCAGAGCAGGGCAUGGCCAAGGUGAGCGAAGACAUCAGUGUAGAAAUUAUUCAGAAGUAUGAACCCUCGAAAGAGGGGCAACUCAAGGGAUGGCUCUCCCUGGAUGGGUUUACCAAUUACCUCAUGUCAGCAGACUGCCACAUCUUUGAUCCUGAACAAAAAAUAGUAUGCCAAGACAUGAACCAACCCCUAUCUCACUAUUACAUAAACUCUUCCCACAAUACCUACCUGAUUGAGGACCAGUUCAGGGGUCCGUCAGACAUUACAGGUUACAUCCGUGCCCUAAAGAUGGGCUGCAGGAGUGUGGAACUUGAUGUGUGGGAUGGGCCCGAUAAUGAACCAGUCAUCAACAUGGGCCACACGAUGACCUCGCAUAUUGUCUUCCGCAGCGCCAUUGACGUCAUCAACAAGUACGCUUUCGUAGCCUCGGAAUUUCCUCUGAUCCUGUGCUUGGAGAAUCACUGUUCCUUGAAUCAACAGAAGGUAAUGUUUCAGCACCUGAAGAAAAUACUCGGAGACAAAAUUCACAUGGAUCCUCCAAACCUUGAGGACAACUACCUUCCAUCCCCUUCAGAACUAAAGGGCAAGAUUCUUCUGAAAGGAAAGAAACUUGCGAGCAACUGCACCGGCUCUGAAGGUGAGGUGACGGAUGAGGAUGAGGGUGCAGAAAUGUCUCAAACGACGAACAACGAAGGUGGUGAGCAGCAGACGGUUGUUCAACCCAAAAAGUUCCAGCUUUCUAAGGAUCUCUCAGACUUUGUAACCUUAUGCAAGUCUGUUAGGUUUAAGGAUUUCCAGACGGCUUUCCAGAACCAGAAGCACUGGGAGCUCUGCUCCUUCAAUGAGGUCUUUGCCAAUCGGUGUGCCACUGACCACCCUGGUGAGUUUGUUAACUACAACAAGAAGUUUCUAGCGAGAGUUUACCCAAGUCCAAUGCGAAUUGAUUCCAGCAACAUGAACCCGCAGGACUAUUGGAAAUGUGGCUGUCAAAUAGUAGCAAUGAACUAUCAAACACCUGGUCUCAUGAUGGACCUCAACAUCGGCUGGUUUAGACAAAACGGGAACUGUGGGUAUGUUCUACGCCCAGCGAUCAUGAGGGAGCAAGUGUCUUAUUUCAGUGCUAAUACUAAAGACUCUGUUCCAGGAGUGUCUCCACAGCUUCUUCACAUAAAGAUAAUUAGCGGACAAAAUUUCCCCAAACCCAAGGGCUCAGGCGCCAAAGGCGAUGUGGUAGAUCCCUACGUUUACAUUGAAAUUCAUGGCAUUCCUGCAGAUUGUGCAGAACAAAGGACUAAAACGGUCCAUCAGAAUGGCGACAACCCCAUCUUUGACGAGAGUUUUGAGUUUCAGAUCAACCUUCCGGAACUGGCAAUGGUGCGCUUUGUUGUUCUGGAUGACGACUACAUUGGGGACGAGUUUAUCGGUCAGUACACAAUUCCGUUUGAAUGCAUUCAACCAGGUUUCCGCCACAUUCCCCUCCAGUCGCUGACGGGUGAAGUCCUUCCACAUGCCUGGGUCUUUGUGCAUGUGGCCAUUACUAACCGUCGUGGUGGUGGUAAACCUCACAAAAGGGGGCUUUCGGUCCGCAAGGGUAAAAGGGGUCGGGAGUACGCCACUAUGAGGAUACUUCUCAUCAAGGCUGUAGAUGAAGUCUUUAAAUCUGCUGCACUGCCACUUCGGGAGGCCACUGAUCUCAGAGAGAACAUGCAGAAUGCCAUUGUGCCGUUUAAAGAGCUCUGCGGUCUGUCUGCGGUGGCCAACCUGAAGCAGUGUAUACUAGCGCUCUCCCCGCGCCUCAUCGGGUCGGACAGCAGCCCGCUUCUGCUGUUUAACCUCAGAGAUCAGUAUCCCACCAUGGAGGCCCAGGGCCUGCUGCCUGAAGUCCUGAAGAAAGUGGUCACCUCUUACGAGACGAUGAUCCAGACCAGCCAAACGCUGCUGGAGAACUCGGACGGUGUGUACGAGAGAAUACUGCAAGUCCAGAAAUCAGCGAUGGAGUUCCAUGAGAAACUACACGACAUGGCGGUGAAGGAGGGACUGAAGGGAAGAAAACUCCACAAAUCUGUAGAGAGCUUCACCUGGAACAUCACGAUUCUGAAGGGCCAGGCCGAUCUGCUGAAACACGCUCGGGCAGAAGUGUUGGAAAACGUGAAACAGAUCCACUACGCUGCGCUCACCUGUGACCUGGCCAAGGGAGGAGCGCGACCCUCAUCCGGGUCGGGCUCCAAGAUCCGCCGCAGCCUGGACGCCAUCCCGGAGACCAUCGCAGAGAAGGCGGUCAGGGAGGACGACAUCACAGACGAGGAGAACUGAGUCGAAGCAUCCCGCAAAAUCCCAUAAAUCCUCUCCCAGGGUCGGCGUGUACCGAGAGAACAUUUCAAAAGAUCUCAGCGUGGAUUCAGAAUGAAACGGAGCCAAGGCCUCCUCAACUUCCCGUUCCCGUCCCCUGUCCGUGUCUCUCCGGCGUCAGGUGGGUGUCGACGAGGCCGAACUUCGCUCCAGGGCUUUCUACAAGCACAAACUUUGAGUAUUAGGAGGAAUUAGAACUGGAGCCAUGAAUGUAACGAGACGUCGUGUGCGAGGAACGAAGGAAGCUGUUUACAAUAAAGAACUACUUCGUGUUCUGUCAGCCAAAAUCAUAUGUGUGUGUAUAUACAGUAUAAAUAUAUAUAUAUGGAGAUCUGUUACCUUUUUUGCUAUGUGAACUUCUAAUGGAUCAGAUUAUUUUGUUAUGAGAAAUGGAUGUUUUAAGAGCUCAUAUUUUAUUUGCUUGUACAGAACUUGAGAUGUGGAUCUUACAAGAUGGCCCUGGCCCUUUAUGGGCUUUUUUUAAUUACUUGUAUAAAUGCAGGAGGAUUUUGAGGAUGUGGUUCGAGAGAGAAUCAAGAUUUAGAUAUUACCAGCAGUUACUGUACAUGAGAGUCUCUGGAUGAUGGUUUUGUCUCUUUGGCCACAUGCACAAUGCAAAAUUGAAAUGCUUUUACAUGUAAUCGUUUAGCAGAUGUUUUUAUCUAAAAGCAACUUACAAAUUAAAAUUUACUUCAGUUG